AAAAUUUGACGGUAUGAGUAAAACUUUCACGCCACAGAUACCGUACAUACUUAAUUAUCCAGUCAGUCGUAAAAAGAGGGUUACAGUGAGACAGAAAUAAAAAAGGUCCGUGAAAAAUAUAGAAACAAAAUCAUGCGGGAUAAAACUGAGAUUACCAGUCGAGAGAAUCGGCCCAAUUACACAGGAGUAUGGCCAAGACCAUCACCGCAUAUGACCAAAGAUGUUAAACGAAAUGUCAUGAGAAGACAAAAAAGAAAACGUCAAAUGUAUACAACAGAUCAGCUAAACAUAUUAGAAAAAGCUUACAGAGACAACAAAUACAUCAAACGACUAAAUCGUGCAGAAAUGUCUCAAGUUUUAAAUGUCAGUGAGCGAUGCAUAACAUUGUGGUUUCAAAACAGAAGACAGAAAGAAAAGAAAAUAAAAAUAGAGAACGAAUUGGUUAGUAAUAAAGUCAAUUUACCGAAAUAUGAAAUCAAAAUAAGUAGCCCGAAUCAAAGAGCUGACUUAACUGAAAUUGAAAAUGGGUAUAAUAUCCAAUUUUGUAUUCCAAGUAAAGUUACUAAUUCAACAACCUACGCAAAUGGCGAUGGAUCAUCAACUAAUAACUUGAAUCAUUUCAACCUAUCACCAGUUCACUACAGCCCUAAUCUUCAAUCUCACGAAGGACAGACAAUUAAUUUUAAAUCGGAUAGCAAUUCAGUUGUUACUUCGUUGCUUCCUAAAUCUUCUAGUCCGAAUUUAGAAUAUGCAUCUGACUUCAUAGCUAAAGAAACUCGUAUCAAUGAAAUACUUACUGAUUUGUGCCAGAGCAUCCAAACUAAUUCCAUUUGUAACUAUACUUCUCCAAAUCAAUCUUUCGACGUACAGAAGAGUUAUGAAUCGAGUAGUAGCUCAUUUACUAAUUUAUUAACUCCUAGUCCACAAAAUGAAAUCAGAAAAAGUAGUUCGAAUUCGUAUAGUUCACUUGACGCCAUUGCACUGGCAUUGUCGUGUUCAAUGGAAGACGCCAAUGAAUCUGUUAACGAUAUGACGUCUGUUAACUUUGGUCAGGGUCUCCAAUCCAAUACCUCAUACGACAAUUAUCAUAAAACUUCAUGUGAAGAAGAAAAAACACAAGCAAUGGGCACUAGUUCAUUCUCUGCUGGGUUUAAUAAUGAAACUGAAAGAUGUAGUCCAUAUUCAAACAAUGUAUCUAACGAAUAUUAUAAUGAGUCACAUGUUAACUUGGGUCAGGAAAACCAAUCCGAUCUCGUUUAUUACAAUCCUUAUCAAUGUGAAGCACAGCAAAGCUAUGCUCACAAUUUUUAUGAUAACCAUUAUACAAAUUCUACUCAUUCUUAUAACCCGUGAAUUCUUUUACUUCUGAGGGUCUAAUGCUAGUUUAUUUUUACAUCAACGCGGUAGAAACGUCACUGCAUUUAGCCCUGUAAUUGGUUGGUUAACUUGGAGCAACCAAUCAGAAGUUUAAACUAAAGUCCUUUGAAGGUGAAAAUAAACACCUUUAAAAAUAAACUCAUGUGAGAGCAAACGGGGAGUUUGGUACUGCCCCACUGGUUUUAAAUACAGCCACUCGCAUGGUCAAUGCGAGUGUGAGCAUGUGCGGCGGGCUUAAGUAUAUUUUACAAUACUUACGUGCUAAAAAUAAAUAUAAAUUAUACUUUUAAUUAAAGUCUAGAUAUUAUAUAUUCUAAGGAAGUUAAUAUAAUUAAAUUAUGUAGUAAAGUCUAAGAUACCUGAAUAUCAAGUUUUAUUACUAAUGUGUUUGUAUUUAAACCGUUUAAAUACAACGACCUUAAAAUUAAGUUAUUAAUUUAUUGUUAAAUAAUUUAUUUUUAAACUAUUAUGUGAACUUUUAUUUAAAUAUUGUAUCUAAUAUUAUGAUGAAGGUACGAUUUUACACUUUUACACAUUUGUGUAUUUUUUAUGAAUAUUAAAACUAUUGCUGUCUUUCUUUGUCUUGUAUUUUUUUGUAAGUUAUAUCUUGAACUUGUAGUUAGUAAUAUUAUUAAGUCUUUACAUUAAAAUUGUAUUUAUUUGUAAAGGGAGGUACCUUACCCGCCGAAAUAUUGUACUAGUAUAAAUAAGUGAUAAUUUAAUAAAUUUUAAAAAUGUGUGUGUAUUAUUCCAUUAAAAUAUUUUGUAAGAAU